AUGUUCGGACUUGAUUGGAAACGCGCUCUGAUUGGGCUCCUCCUCCUCGAGUCUUUAGGCUCGGCUCUUGUUCUGCCUCCAAGAGACGUCGCCGCUCAACCGAAUGAGUUGUCGGCCAAGAGCCGACGCGAAAACACUGGUCCACAUGCUGGUCUCUACAUCCGUGAUGAUGAGAACAAAAACCAGCCGAGACAGGAACCUCCACCUCCGGAUCCAGGCAACCCUCCUCCAGGCAACCCGCCUCCAGGCAAUCCUCCUCCAGGUCCCCCUCCUCCAGGCAACCCUCCUCCAGGCCCUCCUCGGCCACCCUCCCGUGACUGGGACGACGACGACGAUGAUCGCCCAGGAUUCCCAGAUGAUGAUGAUUGA